AGUGUACAUAUUGCUCCUUGAAAUUGGAGCACUAUUAUACAAAUGUAUUACAUCUACAAAUAUAUUUACUUGUUUGCUGUGUGAGUGGUUCACACAUUUUGUGGUAAUGUUUGUUAGUCCCUUUGAUUGGUGGUCAUAUGGGUUAUGUUUGAUUUGUGCACAUAAUAAUUCUUAGCAAUCACACAUAUAAAUGUACUUUUAAGUGAUUGAAUGUUCUCAAGACAUAUUUUCUUAACUCUUUACAAUGAAUUGUAUCAAGUUCUAUUUCUCUCCUCCCAAAACCAUAAAUGUUGGUGGAUAUUGCAGCUGUAUGCCUUAAAAGGACCAGACAGAUCUAAAUCCUGUGGGAUCUCUUUACAUAGCCUCCCAACAAAUCUUAAGACAGAUUUGGUCUGCCACUUCAAGUCACAAGUACCAGCCGUGUCGGUGGGCUCAGUGGAGGAUUUCUCGUGUCUAGAAUGGCAAACAAACUGACUCCAGAACAGAUCACAGAGUACAAGGGAGUGUUUGAGAUGUUUGAUGAGGAGGGAAAUGGAGACGUGAAGACCCAGGAACUGGAGAGGCUCAUGAGUCUGAUGGGCAUCAACCCCACUAAGAGGGAGCUUGUCCAGAUGGCCAAAGAUGUGGACCAAAAUGGAAAAGGAACUUUCAAUUGUGACAGCUUCUUGGGAUUGAUGGCCUUGUACCUUGAGAGGACAAAGAAUCAGGAUGCAGAGCUCCGGGCUGCUUUUAAAGUUUUUGAUAAAGAAGCCAAGGGCUACAUUGAUUGGAACACACUGAAAUAUGUACUGAUGAAUGCAGGAGAGCCCCUGAAUGAGCUGGAGGCGGAGCAGAUGAUGAAGGAGGCUGACAAAGAUGGUGAUGGAACCAUUGAUUACGAAGAGUUUGUGGCUAUGAUGACGGGAGACUCAUUCAGGAUGAGCUAAAUGUCAUGAUGUGAAUUAAGCAAUGCGGACUGGAUGAUCAUUAUAGAACACCAUUGAGAGAAAACAAAAACCUAACAGUGAGAAAAAAUUACAUUUAAAAUGAGAUGCCA